AUGUCAGAGAUUCAGAAUGCUCGCUGUAUCAUGGAUUUACUGCCAGAGAUGUUGAAUGCUUUAGACCGUGGAAACAGAGAGCUGGCCAAGAUAUUUGAGGCCAAGAAGUUGAAGAUAGUUCCUAGUUGCCUUGCCAUACGCUGUGUUUGUCAUCCUCACUGGCGAACUGAUCAUAAUAUCAUCCCACCAGCGUCCGUCAAUAUGAUCGCGGGUUCCUCUCUUCAAUUGGCUCUGUCUUGGCGAGAAGAUUUGAUGGCAGCUUACUGA